CAGUGUCUGAUGACAAAUUUCCCCCACGAAUCAUUAUCACUUAAUUCUGCAAGUGGUUCUGAUUUACUAUCGCUGUUCUCUAGCCGGUCUAAAACCGAUUUUGACCUAAAGGGACGCUUUUUGGAUGCCAUGGACUUUUCUCAGUUUCCAGGCAGAAAGAACAGUCAAAAUGCAGACAGGGGACAGGACAAAGCACUCGGGACAAAAUGUAUGUGAAAUGCUUUGAUACAGCAAUGUUUUACUAUGUGAUUUUAGUGAAUUGAAUGUCACUUUUUGUCAUUUUCAAAUUGCCCGCCGUUCCGUCCCCCGUACGUCCCAACGCUCGCAGGGGACGGAACCCAGAUGACAGAUGCCGGCAUCCGCCGGAUUACAUUGCCGGGGACACUGCAGGAGGGACA